AUGCCGCGCGAAGACAUCUCCUUUCAGACGGCCGACAAUGUCGCCUUGAGAGGGUGGUUUUACAAGCCUUCCGGUGACGGAAGCGUCCUACCGUGCCUAGUUAUGGCUCAUGGGUUUUCGUCCUUGAAAGAAAUGGAUCUCAAUACCUUUGCCGAAUACUUUACAUCCCACCUCCCACUGUCUUGUUUGGUCUACGAUAACCGGGGAUUCGGUGACAGCGAUACAAAGGAGGGACAACCCCGUCAUGAGAUCAUCCCGGCCCAGCAGACGAGUGACUACUCAGAUGCAAUCACCUAUGCGCAGUCGAGGUCGGAUGUCAACCCUGACAAGAUUGGUGUCUGGGGCAGUUCCUACAGCGGAGGACAUGUCCUUUGGGUUGGUGCAGUUGAUCGCAGGGUGAAGGUCGUUCUCAGCCAGGUGCCCUGCGUUGAUGGCUGGUCCAACUUUCAUCGACUCAUCCGCCCGGAUUUUGUCGCGGAUCGGCUGGCCAGAGCUGCUGGCAAACCACCCGGCUCGUUGCCCGUUGUGGACGAAGACCCUCAUAAACCAUCUGCCUUGCCUACCCCAGACAGCUAUCAAUUCUUCACGAGCUGGGGCAAGAAUAGCAACUGGAAAAACAACGUGACUGUGAAAACGAUCGAGGCAUUUCGCGAGUAUAAUCCGUCUGCACACAUCCAGCACAUAUCACCCACACCUUUACUCAUGACAGUUGCGGAAGAUGACGUGCUCACGCCGACCGACCUGGCCCUAGAUGCCUAUUCAAGGGCCUUGGAGCCUAAGCAGCUGCAUAUCCUGCCCGGUGGGCAUUUUGAUGCUUAUUCUGGGCCCAAUUUCGAAGCGAAUGCUAGUAGGCAAGCGCAGUUUUUGAGGGAACAUUUGUGUGGUUAG